AUGGAAAUGCCGCAAUUUGGGAAGCCCACUUUCGAAAACUUGAUCAAACGAGAGAAAAGAGAUUUUAAUUUACCUUCCUUUUGCAGCUGUAUGGCAGAAUCAGCCUGUCCGCCUGGGCCUCCUGGACGUUCAGGGCUUGACGGGGAUGACGGAGCUCCCGGACAGCAAGGACCUAGAGGACCAGACGGACUUGACGCCUCAUCUACCGGCAUCACCUACAACACAGAUACAGGCUGCAUCAUGUGCCCGGCUGGACCUCCCGGACCACGUGGACCGCCAGGUCUCGCUGGACCGCCAGGUCCACAAGGGCAGAAUGGGCCACGCGCAGAGGGAACUUAUAGAUUGGGCAAACCCGGGCCACCGGGACCUCCUGGAGAUCCUGGAGAACCAGGUUUCGCCAAUGUUUUGCAACUACACCAAAACAAUGUCAAGAGCUUUGAGUUUUUAGGAUGUCCAGGUGAAGCAGGUAGGCCAGGAAAUCCUGGUCGAGAUGGAGUGCGCUACUUGCCGGGACCAGCAGGACUACCCGGAAUGCCAGGCCCACGAGGACCACCAGGUCCUCCUGGUCCGCCUGGUAUGGCAGAAGAAGGUCCAGAUGGGCUACCUGGCCCACGCGGUAACCCUGGGCGCCCGGGAAUGCCGGGACCUAUGGGUAAACCUGGAGAGGUAAGGAAUUCUUAUUAG